AUGCACAAUCCAGAUUUGUUGCUAUCGGAAUACGAUAAACAACAAUUUGCUCUGGUCGAGUUAGACAAGUUACUGUCUUUGUGGGGGAAGAGCCUGAGCGACUAUCCAGAAAUGCCAAUUCCAGAACAAAAUAGCAUUGGAAUGACGGAAAACAUGUUGAUAUCCGAAGAGUUGGCGUACGACAAAGAAUCAUUGAAAGCAGAGCAUGAAACAUUGAUAUGGAGCCGCAGAGAUAUUGUUCUAAACGUUGCUUCAAGUGGAAUAGCAUCUUUGCUAUUGCUGGGUGGCAGGACGGCGCAUUCUCGAUUUGCUAUACCACUCUCAGUGAAUGAAGAUUCCACCUGCAAUAUCUCGCAAGGCAUGAGCAGAUUGAUAAUAUGGGAUGAAGCACCGAUGACACAGAAAUACUAUUUUGAGACUUUAGACAAAACUAUGAGGGAUAUAUUGCGAUUCACCAUACCUGGGAGUGAUCAGAAAAUAUUUGGUGGAAAUACAGUAUUGAGGCUCACGAAGAACUUGAGACUACAGAGCUUAGCUUCAAACGAAGAUAAACAAACUGUUGAUUGGUUCUCAAGAUGGAUUGCAGACAUCGGAGAUAGGAUUACAGGGUUUGUAAACAACGGUUUGUUUGAAAUCGAUAUUCCACCAAGGUUUAUGUUGAAGUGUGGGCCUAAUCCAAUUGCAACUAUAGUUGAAAGCAUCUUCCCAACCACAAAUUAUGGAAUGCUAGAAGAGUCGCACCUAGAAGGACGAGCAAUACUCUCACUCACUUUAGAUGUUGUUGAUCAGAUUAAUCAGUAUAUGUGUGACAUGAUCACUGUAGAAGGUCGGACGUAUUUAAGCUGUGACUCUUUGUGUAAGGCAGAAUCAGAUGGUGAUAAUCUCUCACAAGUUUUAGCUAUAGACGAUGAUGGACAAACUUAUGUUACUACUACUAAUGUCGUCUACAAAGAGAUUUUCAACAAUGUAUAA